AUGAAGUCGCCCAUGCUCGCCCUCGCGGCCCUCGCGGCCCCCGCUGCCGUCGCCGCCGUCACCAUUGCCGAGAUCAACGGCGACCGCUUCCUCUCGCCCUUUCAGGACAAGGACGUGGCCAACGUGACGGGCCUGGUGACGGCCACCUCCAAGACGGGCAUCUACCUGCGCAGCACCGCCCCGGACGACAGCCCGGCCACCUCGGAGGGUCUGUUUGUGUUUAGCAGCUCCGUCGUCAAGACGGCCAAGGUCGGCGACGUGGUGACGCUCAGCGGGCUCGUCAAGGAGUACAGGUCCAACAAGGACUACAUCUACCUCACCGAGCUCACCAACCCGACCAACGUCGUCGUCGUCUCGUCGGGCAACGCCGUCGCGCCGCUCGUCGUCGGCAAGGACACGCUGCCGCCGCCGACGCGCGACUUCUCGAGCCUCGACGCGGGCGGCGUCUUUGGCGUGCCCAACGCCGCGAGCACCGUCUCGGGCGCCAACCCCAAGCUCGACCCGACCGCCUACGGGCUCGACUUUUGGGAGAGCCUCGUCGGCGAGCUCGUUACCGUGAAGGAUGCCUACCUUACCAGCCGCCCGAACCAGUACGGCGACGUCUGGGUGCGCGGCGACUGGGCCGUCACGGGCGUCAACGGCCACGGCGGCGUCACAAUGCUCGAUGGCGACGCCAACCCUGAGACCAUUGUCGUCGGCACGCCGCUCGACGGCUCCGCCAACCCGACGGACACCAAGAUGGGCGACUUCGUCGGCGACGUGACGGGCGUCGUGUCCAACGCGUUUGGCUUCUACCGCAUCCUGCCGCUGACGCGCCUCGUCCCCCAGCGCAACGCCUCGGCCGAGUUCCCCGACACGUCGCUCGCCAGCCGCGGCUCCUGCAGGGGCAUCACCGUCGCCGACUACAACGCCGAGAACCUGGCGCCGGACUCGGCGCACCUGCCCCGCGUCGUCGACCAGAUCGUCAACGAGCUGCGCCUCCCGGACCUCGUCUUCCUGCAGGAGGUGCAGGACAACUCGGGCGCCGCCAACGACGGCGUCGUCUCGGCCAACCUGACGCUCUCGACCCUCACCCGCGGCAUCGAGGCCGCCUCGGGCGUCGCCUACGCCUUUGCAGAGGUCGAGCCCCAGGACGGCAAGGACGGCGGCCAGCCCGGCGGCAACAUCCGCUGCGCCUACCUCUACCGCCCGGACGUCGUCGAGCUGCACGAGCCGCGCCAGGGCGGCAGCCUCGACGCCAACGAGGUGCUGCCCGGGCCCGCCCUCAAGUUCAACCCGGGCCGCAUCCAGCCCGCCAACGCCGCCUUUGACGACAGCCGCAAGCCCGUCGCCGCCGCCUGGCGCACCGUCAAGGGCACCCACAAGACCUUCUUCACCGUCAACGUGCACUUCGGCAGCAAGGGCGGGUCCACGACGCUGCACGGCGACGCCCGCCCGCCCGUCAACAAGGGCGUCGAGAAGCGCACCGAGCAGGCGACCAUUACCGCGGACUUCAUCGCCGCCAUCCUCAAGCAGGACCCGCGCGCCCGGGUCAUCGCCGCCGGCGACUUCAACGAGUUCACGCAGGUGCAGCCCAUGCGCGUCUUCGCCGAGCGCUCCGGGCUGCGCGACCUCGACGAGCUGGCCGGCCUGGCCCCCGAGGAGCGCUACACCUACCUCUUUGACAUGAACAGCCAGGCCCUCGACCACAUGUACGUGAGCCCCGCGCUCGGCCGCGGCGCCCGCGUCGAGCACCUGCACGUCAACACUUGGCAGAACUUCAAGGGGCAGACGAGCGACCACGACCCGAGCGUGGCGCUGCUGAAUGUGUGCGGCUGUGCGUAG